UUUACAGAACUCGUUCCAGCAACCAAGUUUGGAGGACAUCAACAUGCCUGGAGAAGAACUCAAUCCGAGUCCAUCUCCAGAUCCCCCAAGGGAAGCUGAAAGAGAAGGAGAGGCCCAACCACCUCCAGAAGAUGCGACACCGACCAAAUUCACAGGAGAGCAGAAGACCUCAUCCAAGCCUGAUCACCAAGCAGAACCAGAUCAUCUCCAGAACAUGGGAACCGUCAAUCAAGGCUUCAUAGAAGAACCUCCGCCAUAUACUCCACCGGACCCGAAAGACGUUCACUUGUAUCCACCCUUCCAAACCGAUGUCCCACCACGGAGUUACAUCUUUUACCAGCCAACAGCUCCUCCCCAGGCCCUGAGCCAACCGCCAAAUGUGUUAUCCAGCCCCUAUCCUUUCACCAUUUACCAGAGUGCCUGGCCUGGCGAGAGCCCUCCGGCUGGUGACCAAAGGUUGUCACCAAAGGAUUAUAUGGUGGAAUCUAUACUGGUGACCGUUUUCUGCUGCUUGUUCACGGGAUUGAUAGCCCUUGUCUAUUCUCAUGAGACCCGGGCUGCUCGGAACCGAGGUGACCUCAUCCAAGCCACAAUGGCUUCCCACAAAGCUCGCUCGCUCGUCUUGUUCAGUCUCUUCUUCGGCCUCUUUGUGUCCAUCAGUUGGAUUAUCUACGUGGUGGUAACCUUGUAUCUAUGAUCCAGAAGGGUUGGGCUGGACCUUAGGGUUUCCUACAAAGUUGUGGUACGGAGCCUUGAUCCUUUUCAACCAGCUUGACAACCAAUUUCUCAUGUUGGAACGUCCUUCUGCCUCUUCUCCAAAACCAACCACAUCAACACCUUUCAAGAAGGAACGAUUCUCCUAAAGAAAGUGAUGAGACACCAUCACCAUCACCAA